CUUUUCUAUCUGUCCCCUCCCCUCUCCUCCUCUCCCCUUCCCUUUCCUUCCUUCCCCAUCUUCCUCCUCUUCCCUUCCCUCUGCCCCUCCCUGCUCCUGAACCUGUAGGCUCCGCCAGGGAGCGGCAGGCGGGACCGAAUCCACCCCUACCCCGCCGCCCGGGGCCUGUGGCCCAGUCCUUGGCGGUAGCGACAUGCGGCUCCUGUUCCUGGCGGUGCUACGGCCUCACACCGGCAACGCGGUCACGGCUGGGCGCGUGCGGGACCACCUGGAAGCUGCAGGCCACAUGUGUGUUCUGAGAGAUGCCUUUGACUUUGAGAGCCCAUCUGAAAUUGCCAACCUCAUCACAGCCAAGAACUUGGAAGCAGCGCUAGCCCUUCACCUCUACCGAGGAGGCAGACUUCUGCAAGGUCAUGGCAUUCCUUUCGGGGUCAUCUUUGGCGGAACUGAUUUAAAUGAAGAUGCCAGUGACAAAGAAAAAAAUGAAGUUAUGGGGAAAGUUCUGGAGGAAGCCAGGUUUGCCGUAGCUUUCACGGAGGCGAUGAAGGACGCAGCACAGGUGCAGUGGCCACAUGCUACCGGGAAGAUCUUUGUUCAGAGUCAAGGAAUUGCGACGGUACCAAAUGCCGACUAUAACUGGGACACCUUCCUCCAGCAAUCAGAGAUAGACCAAAGUGCUGACAACCUGUACGUCUUCCUUAUAAUAUGUGGACUCAGACCAGUGAAAGAUCCUUUGUACUUGGUAGAUGCGUUCUCAGAAUGGCAUCAAGAAGCACCCAAUAUGUACAUGGUGAUUGUAGGUCCUGAGGUAGAUCCAGAGUUUACAAGGGAAGUGAAAGACCGGGUGGGGAGGGCUGCAGGGGUGCGGCUGAUCCGUGAGAUGUGCCAGGAGGAUCUGCAUGCAGUAGUGAAGAGCUGCUUUGCGCUGGUCAACAGCUCAGUCUCUGAGGGCAUGUCAGCUGCCAUCUUGGAGGCAAUGGAUUUGGAAGUUCCGGUAUUAGCCAGGAACAUCCCUGGGAACUCGGCCGUGGUGGAGCACGGAGUCACAGGUCUGCUGUUUUCAAACCCUCAGGACCACAACCCAGGGGAUGGUACCACCCAAAGUGGGCUGCUCCCUCCCACACUGAUCUUCACAGGCUUGUCCACAGGCCAAUCUGACGGAGACAAGUCCUAUAUGGAGGUUCUGUCUUCCCAGGAGUUCAUUCAGUUGGCAAAGAGACUGGUUAGUGAUCCCACACUGGAGAAAGAAAUCGUGACCAAUGGAAGGGAAUACGUGAGGACACAUCACUCCUGGCAGGUGGAAAGAGACACGUACCAGCGUCUCGUCAGGAAGCUGGAGGCACGCGUGGAGGAGUAAAUCUGGAAGUCUGCACUUCCCACACCUGCCACAAGGACCAUCAGGUGUCCAGAUCUGAGCAGACUACAAGAGAUGGGAUCUAGUCGUAGACCAUGGGAAUCCUAGCUUCCCCAGGAACACAUCCACGCCCAACUCUCCUGUGUGUGUGUGGCAGACACAGUUCUGGAAAUGCUUACAGCUCAGUUCUGGAUAGACUUACAGCUCACUCCUGAGAGUGCUUAUGACUCAGUCCCAGAAGUACUUACAGCUCAGUCCUGAAUGAGCUUGUAGCUCACUCCUGAAAUCUGCUUAUGCCUCAGUCCCAGAUAUGUAUGAAGCUCUGUGCAGGGCAUGAAGGUACAACUCAGGGGCGUCUGGGGGAGUGUUCCAAGAACUGCUUUUGCAAUUUAUAGAUGCUUAUUUUUAAGCAGCCACAGUGCAGGCCCUUCCCUUGCCUUCAGAGUGACCUUUGCCUAUCAUUGCAGGUUCACGAAGAAGAAACAAACAGGCCAGGGCUGUCAACUGAGUGGAGCUGGCAGCAUUCUUCGCUAUGAUCUUCAUCUAAAAGCCAUCACAGGGAUCUGAUGGGCAAUGUGAAGCCCCAGGCUGUGGCUGGUAUGCCAAUAAGCCCUGGAGGGGUUGUAAAUGAAUUGUGUCAGGACUUGUCACUCCUCACUGGUGCACCUGAGAGAUGAGCGUGCUUUCCAAAGCAGGCCAGGUUGCCCUGUAGGCCCUGCCCACCUGUAUCACAUCACAGGAAGCCUGGAAGACGAUUGCAUGGCCCCCAUGAUGGGGUCUGGGACCUUGACUUCAGUGUGGACAUUCUUCCCUCUUACUGCUAGGGAACUGAGGACGAGUAUUGACCGAGUUACAAGACUCUAGACAAUGGUGGGGGUCUAUUGAGGUGGGGGUCACUGAGGCACAGGGAGGUCAGUCUGGGGGUCUUUUGAUGGGUUCACCCCACACCAGCACUCUGUGCCUCCAGAACUCUUGUUGAAUUCCAAUAAGGGUUGUUACUGUAAGCAGGACAUGGAAUGGUCACCUGUGCUAAAGCAAGCAGCUUGGAGGAGGAGAGAAGAAAAAUGGGGCUAAGAGGCACCCAUGCAAAGAAAGUAUCAGGCUCUGGAGGAAACUGAGGAGGAGUCAGAACCCAUAUUGUCCUUGCUCCAACUCUGAAGGCAAAUCCUGGGCCAUCUGCUUUUCUUUAAAAAAAUAAAAUAAAUAGAAGCAGCAACGUCUCAUUUUAAGUGAAGCAGGAUGGAAGGAAGCAAACUUUAUAAGCCAGAGCUUCAGGGAUAAGAGUAGAACACAAUUCUAUAGGGUGUAAUUCAGCUUUAUAUUCUGUACCUCAGAUCCAGCAUAGUCACUUUCAUGAAGGCUCCAAAGGAGGCAGAAGCAAUCCUGCCCUUCUUGAGCUCUAAGCAUCUGGAGGCCCGCUGAGGAAUGAGCCCAUUUCCUUGGACCCUGGUUUGUGCUGGGGUCUUAACUCUCUGGGCAUGAGGAGAGGGAGGGAAUAGUGGAAGGCAGUUCCUCUGAGCCCAGAGUUCCAACCCAUCUGAGGAAGAGGUCUGCAGAGGUCUGGUGUCAGUGUUUACAAAGUGGGAUUUAAAGGUCAGGUAUCACAGAAGUGGAUGCUCUGGAAUGCACGCCCCUCCUUUGCCUGGUGAUGACAUCACUGCCUGACCUCCACUCUGCCAGCAUCACUAAGCUUACAUCUCCUGCAACUGUGCGCUGUGGGGAAGGGAGGAUUCUCAAUCAAUAAAGUGUGUCGCCAUCAGCCAUACAAAA